GGUUGCUGCGCCCGGUAUCGGGGUCGCGGCCCGAGGCGCAGGCGCGGUGCACUCAGCCCGCCCCGGCUGUCCGCUGGCCUUGGACUCGUCAUGGCGACCGAGCGGAGGUCUUUCCAGCUGGUGGUGUUCGGCGCCUCUGGCUUCACCGGCCAGUUCGUGACGGAGGAGGUGGCCCGGGAGCAGGUGGCCCCCGAGCGGAGCUCCCGCCUGCCCUGGGCCGUGGCCGGCCGCUCCCGGGAGAAGCUGCUGCGGGUGCUGGAGCAGGCGGCGCUGAAGCUGGGAAGACCAACAUUAUCAUCUGAAGUUGGGAUAAUAAUUUGUGAUAUCACUAAUCCAGCCUCACUUGAUGAAAUGGCUAAACAGACAACAGUUGUCCUCAACUGCGUAGGACCUUACCGAUUUUAUGGAGAACCUGUGGUAAAAGCAUGUGUUGAAAAUGGAACUAGCUGUGUUGACAUCUGUGGGGAACCUGAGUUUCUGGAACUAAUGUAUUGGAAGUAUCAUGAGAAAGCUGCUGCAAAGGGGGUCUACAUCAUUGGAAGCAGCGGCUUUGACAGCAUUCCAGCUGAUCUGGGAGUGAUAUAUACCAGAAAUAAAAUGAAUGGUACUUUGACUGCUGUGGAAAGUUACCUGACUAUACAUUCAGGACCAGAGGGGUUGUGUAUUCAUGAUGGUACCUGGAAGUCAGCAGUUUAUGGUUUUGCAUCUCAGAGUGGUUUGAGAAAACUACGAAAUUCGGCAAACCUGAAACCCGUCCCUUUCAUUGGUCCAAAAUUGAAAAAAAGGUGGCCGAUUUCUUACUGCAGAGAACUCAGCACAUACUCCAUUCCUUUCGUGGGAGCUGAUGCGUCUGUGGUGAAGCGGACUCAGCGAUACUUGCAUGAAGUGUUAGAGGAAUCACCAGUUCAGUACGCUGCUUAUGUAGCUGUGGGAGGCAUCACCUCUGUUAUUAAGCUGAUGUUUGCAGGACUUUUCUUUUUAUUCUUUGUGAAGCUUGGCAUUGGAAGGCAACUUCUCAUAAAAUUCCCAUGGCUUUUCUCCUUUGGUUAUUUUUCAAAACAAGGUCCAACUCAAAAACAGAUAGAUGGCUCAUCGUUUACGAUGACAUUCUUUGGUCAAGGUUACAGCCAAGGCCUUAGUACUGAUAAGAACAAACCAAAUGUCAGAAUUUGUACUCAAGUGAAAGGACCAGAGGCUGGCUAUGUCACUACCCCCAUAGCCAUGGUUCAGGCAGCCGUGACUCUCCUCAGUGAGGCCUCUGAUCUUCCUAAAGGGGGCGGGGUCUUCACACCUGGUGCAGCUUUCUCCAGAACAAAACUGAUCGACAGACUCAACCAGCGUGGCAUUGAAUUCAGCGUCAUUAGCAGCUCUGAAGUCUAAAUAUUUGAAGAUUAACUGAAGUCAUAAAAGCAUGAAUUAACAGCUUCUGUAUUUGAUAUUUUAAAUUCUUCUAUAAGCCUAUCUGACUAUAUAUGGAAAAGAUUGUCAAAUCUAAAAUAUCUACACAUUAAAAGCAGGAAAUUACUAGCUGACCUUAAACUUCAGAUCCCAGCUGAUUUUAUGACUUUAUUGCUUGUGAGAGAAAAUAUUUGACUGACUUUUUCAUUGACAUGUUCCUGAUGAAUUUUAAUGAAUGAGCUGGUAGGUCAGGUGGUGGCCGAGGUGUCCCCGUCUGUGUUGCUAACGGCAUUCCUCAGUGAGGGUGCUCAGCCCGGCGGCGCUCUGCUCGGGCAGUCCCUGUUGCCUCGCUUGCUGUGGGACCAAACGGAGUCUCGCCCUCCAGUGAGUUUCUCUGCAUACUGUGUGAGCUUUUGCUAAAUGAAACAGCACUUUUUCUAUUUUCGCCUGCUUUUUCACCUGUCUGCACUGACUGAUUUUGGGCUGCUACCUAGGUUGAAUAAUAAAGGGUUGUCAAUGA